GUCUUUGUUCUCAGGUUGUUAGAGAGCUCGUUUCUCAAUGCAGAAGUGAAGGAAGGAGAGAUUUUGCCUCCCACCAUUCAGAGGCUGAUGAAAGGAUACAACAAGUACCUCAGGCCUUUCUUUGACAAUGGUCCUGUGACGGUGGGUAUGAGCCUGGACAUCGCCAGCAUUGACACCAUCUCAGAGAUCAACAUGGACUACACCGCCACCAUAUUCCUCCGCCAGCGCUGGACGGACGAGCGCUUAGUGUUCGAGGGCAACAAGAGCCUGAGCCUGGACGGGCGGCUGGUGGAGCUCCUCUGGGUGCCGGACACCUUCAUCGUCGAUUCCAAGAAGUCCUUCCUCCAUGACAUCACCGUGGAGAACAGGCUGAUCCGCAUCUUCCCCAACGGGACCGUCCUUUACGCGCUGAGGAUUACAACCACGGUGGCCUGCAACAUGGAUCUGACCAAGUACCCCAUGGACAAGCAGACCUGCACGCUACAACUGGAGAGCUGGGGCUACAAUAUCAAUGAUGUGAUGUUCUACUGGACCAGAGGGAACGAGUCUGUCAGUGGUUUAGAUUCCCUCCAGCUGGCUCAGUACACAGUAGAAGACCACUACACGUCGGUCUCAGAGGCUAUCUAUGAAACGGGCCAUUACCCCAAGCUGGUUUUCCACUUUGAGCUGAAGAGGAGCAUUCUGUACUUCAUCCUGGAGACCUACGUCCCCUCCAGCCUGCUGGUUGUUCUCUCAUGGGUUUCCUUCUGGAUUUCUCUGUCCUCUGUUCCGGCACGGAUCUGUAUAGGAGUGACCACAGUACUGACCAUGACCACUCUGAUGAUGGGAGCCCGGACGUCGCUGCCCAACGCCAACUGCUUCAUCAAGGCCAUAGAUGUCUACUUGGGAAUCUGCUUUAGCUUCAUCUUUGGAGCGCUCAUUGAAUACGCCGUGGCCCACUUCUGCACGCUCACUCACAGCGACGCACACAUGCUCAUGUACGGCCACCACAUGCACGACUUCGACGACGAGAUGAACGGCAUCGUUACCACCAUCUCCGCUCACUCCAGCAGAGCCAAGAGACGCAAGGAGCCCGCCGCGACUCCCCCCUCAGCUCCGUCCUCGACAGAACUCACCGUCCGCCCCUCCAGCCCCUCGGGCAGUGAGCCGAAGCCCGAGGCGUCGCCCCCAGAGCCCACCCACUGGUGCAUCACCGUCUUGGCCACCAUUCGCAAAAUUCUCCGCGCCAUAUAUUGCUGUCAUGUGGAGAACCCCCACCACAUAGACAACUACUCCAGAGUCACGUUCCCCCUGUCUUUCGUGAUGGUCAACCUGCUCUACUGGACAUAUUAUCUGUACUUUUAG